UGGAAGUGACCGGAUGUAGCAAUGCUAGCUUAACUGGUUAAGUCUUCACAGAAAAACGUCUUAAACUCUGAAUAAGACAAGUGUUUAAUUUAUGUCAGGCUCUAGGUUUAAUAGUUUUGGUGAGGAAACCCCUUCUUUGUGUUUGUUUUGAACCACUGUGGUUAUUUUAUAGCUUGGUUUGCAGUAGAGAAUGUAAUUAGCUCUCACCAGCAAAGUGAAUGCACACCAUAGACUCCGCAGCUAACAGCAUAAACUUUAUCAGUGAUUUAGACGUUGAAGCUUUAAAAUUUUUUUUAUUGUAACAACACGAAUCCCCUCCGAGUUUGUGAGACUGUGCGGGAAGGACCACAUCGUCCUCUAACCUUGUCCAGCUGAGGACCGAGAAGCUGGGGACAGUAACAGAGUGGACCCCGAACUACUGACCACGGUAUCAGACUCUGCUACUGUUUACUGUUAGUGCACUUUAGGUACUAAAGGUACCGAGGGUGGGUGCCGAGUUAUUAUGUCUGGCGGCAGUUUCAGGAGCAGACAAACAGAAGAUCUGGGCUGAAACCUUGUUCUACUAGAACAUGUGGAAGUUGUAAACAAGGAUUGUGGAAAGGAGAAUCCCAGGUCCAGUGAGGAUGACUGAGAUGAUGAAGGUUGAAGCAGAUGAACCUGGAGGGUUCAGUUUAGAGCCACCCGUACCUGCAACAUCCACAUCAGAACUGGAGGAGGAAACGCAAGACGGCAAAGAUCUCAUCCAUCAGAUGUUGGUGAUCAAGAAAGAAGUUCCCCAUGACUGGAACCCCGCUUUGGACCUGCAAGACCAACAGCCCCCCCACACUAAGGAGGAAGAUAAGGAACUAUGGGUUCAUCAGAAGGAAGAGCAACUUACUGUGAAGAGUGAGAAUGAAGAGAAACCUCAGUUAUCAGAGCUUCAUCAGAUUGAAACUGAAGACGAAAGGAAGACAAAAACUGGAGGACAGAACUGUAGAGGACCUGAAUCAGGCAGAAAAGCAGCAGCUGUAUUACGCUCUUCACAGCAAAGUAAGGUGAUGGUGAAUAAAAGAGCUAAAAGACCGAAACUGCGUUCCAAACGUGCCUCUCAGAUUAGUGCGCACAUAGGAGAGAAACCGUUUGGUUGCAAUAUUUGUGGCAAAAGAUUCAGGCACAAGCCUUAUGUUAAGCUGCACAUGAUGAUUCACACUGGAAUAAGAGAACAUAGCUGCGAUUUUUGUGGUAAAGGCUUUAAAGAAAAACGUUGUCUUCAGACACACAUGAGACUCCACACUGGAGAGAAACCAUUUGCCUGUGAUGAUUGCGGCAGAAGGUUUCACGCAAAGACAAGUCUGAGGAGUCACUUGGAGGUCCAUUCCCAAGAAAAUCCAUUUUCUUGUGAUGUUUGCGGGUCAAGAUUUAAAAGGAAUGGAAAUCUUAAAAAGCACAUGAGGAUCCACACCGCAGAGAGACCUUUUGUUUGUAGUGUUUGCAGUAAAGGAUUUUCACAGCAAAUUCACCUAAAAAGCCACAUGACUGUUCACACGGGUGAGAAGCCGUUCAUCUGUAGGGUUUGCAGUAAAGAAUUUUCGCGACAAGGAAAUCUAAAGAGGCACAUGAGUGUUCACACAGGAGAGAAGCAGUUUAUUUGUGGUGUUUGCAGUAAAGGAUUUUCAAAGCAAAACUAUCUCAAAAAUCACAUGGAGUCUCACACUGCACCAUUUAGUUGCAGCGACUGCGGUAAAUGUUUCAUGGAGGAAAUGCAGUUGAAGCAGCAUAUGAGACUUCACACCGAAGAGCGUCCGUUUGGUUGUGACGUCUGUAAAAUCCGGUUUAACAAAAAAUAUAAUCUUAACAGUCACAUGAGGCUCCAUCUCGGGGAAAAACCGUUUGUCUGCAGAGUUUGUAGUAAAGGAUUUUCACGACAUGGAGAUCUGAAGAAACAUAUGUGUGUUCACGAGGGUUUUAGCUAAAGAUUGUUUUUCAUUGUAUUUUUAUUUGACUGUCCAUCUAGUGUUUCUAUGGGCACAGCUUUUAUUUCUGGGCUGGUAAAAGUUUUAAUGCCUUCUGUCUUUUAUUAUAACACAUUUUUGAAAAUAAAUUCCGAUAGUUUCACAAAAAUUACUUACGAAACACAAAUUUGAUACAGUUUCUUAAACGUGUACGAAGAUGAAGCGAAAGAUGUUUGCAGGAUCCCACCGGCGGAUCGGAUCACAUGACGUGCAAUAAAGUGGAUCACUGGGUCACUAUCGUCAAUUUCACUUGGAAGAGCAGAACUUAAACUCUGUGAUUAAAAAAUAUCAAAUUAUAAAGGUUAAAACAUUGAUGAGAUGAGCAGGUUUGUGUUUUUUUUGUCAAAUUGUUACCCCAUUUGAAACGCCUGUUAAAUUACUCUGUGAUGAAUAUACCCGAGAGUUCUGAAGUGGACCAGGUGGGGGCGCCAAAUAUCGCCGAGCCAGAGGUCAACCCAGUGAACUGUUACACAUCAAGAUGGGUCAAUAUUUAUCUGACAUAGCAGCAAACUGUUACACUCAUUUCAAGAGAUUAAUACCAACUUUCCUGAUCUUCUGUAUUUGGUUAUGUUUUUUGUUUAUUUUGUUUUGAAGAGCAGAUAAAAUAAAAAAUCAGCUU